GUUACUCGCUGGCACUUGUAGCGAACGGUGGUUCGUUAACCGACGUCGAGGCGGAACCUAAUAUCUUCUUAGUGCCGGCUGUGAGAUUAGAGCGCCGAGUCCCCGCGUCGAAUAAUUAUCAUAACUCCGAAUACGCGCCGUGAGGAUCGGUCCGAUCCAUCGAUCAUAACUGACCCGACGAGUGAAAGUCAUUUGUGAGAAUAAACUUCGGGGUUAUUUGGAUGUAACUGCGAAGUGAGGUAAAAGGUGCAAAGUGGAUCGCACAAGUGUCACGUUUUUUGCGAAUCGGUUGUAGCUGGGGAAAAAUUUUCGGGAAAAAAGUCUGUUUUCUUCGUGAUACUCGGAGGUGAUCGGUCUUGCAAAAUAUCGCUCAUAUCACUCCUGUGGCUGUGGUUUCGAUAUUAGCCAAUCGUGCCGGCACGUGUACUUGUACCGUGUACUUGCUGUAAACUCGAGAUGAAUUGAAGAAAAAAGGGGGGGGAGAUGAAAACAAAUUAUGCAUGACGCGUGUGGAUAUUGUUGAUGUAUACAGGCACAGACUUUAUGUCACUUUUAUAGUCACCUCGAAGACUCGAGGAGAGAAAGAGAAAGAUAAAGAGAUAUAUUGUAACGAUAAACAUUGUCCGCCUGUACGUGUAAGAACCUGGCUGUCGUUGCGGAUUGUUUGGAAGACAAAUCCUUAUCCGUUGAAAAAUGUUCGAGAAUAUGCACGAUAAGUUGGGUACAACAUUCGAAACAGCGACGUUGACGUAGCUCGACUCGAGGGCAUCGGUGCAAUUUCAAUUAGCAUUCCUCGAGUUCUGUGUCUUCGAUAAACUGACGCCAAUAUUUCCAGCCGGUGACAUAACGCCGCGGCAUUCGGCUCUCUUUAUUAUCAUGAAUCCAGACUCUGCGCCAACAGGAUUCUCUCCUGCCCCACCCCCGCCUCCGCCACCCCCACCAGUUCCUGGACAAGCGCCAGCCUUAAGGAUCAACACCGCAGAGGCACCGAGACCGAGGAGACCACAGAACAACAGCAACGACGCGUACGAACCGCCGGCCGCGAUUCAAAACGCGAUGAUGACCAAAGACAAGAAACCUUUCACCUACACACCGGGCAUGGGUGGGAAACUCGACCUCUCGCAAAUCCGAAGUCCCAGGAUGGCGAGACGCGUCGCUAAGAACGCGAACGACGAGGGGAUCGAGGGGCCCCCGAAAUCAGCCCUCGAACCGAAACCGACGACCCCGUCAGCCGGGCCCAAUCUCUACGUUCAGCCCCAGGUCGCCGUUCCCGUAUUUCCCGCCAACAUCCCGACGCAGCCGUCGACGGUCAACAGGACUCCGGCGAGCACCCACGUAAAUCGCGUCCCUUCAAACGCAUCGAACAACGGUCGAAACGAGGGCAAGGUGACCCCGAUCACUAUCGUUCCCAGUGUACCUUCCUCGCCCCAGACCCCGACGUCGCCGCCUCAGGUCACCCUGGCCAAGGCGCCGACUCCUUGGCUCCAGAACAAACCGAAGCAGCAGGAGGAUCUGCCGGAGUGGGCGAAGCGAGCCAACGCCAACAAGCCGAUCGAGGUGACGAUCGAGAGCUCGAUCGCUUCUCCGGUAACCCAGCAAAGUCCGCCACCCUCGAACCCUCAGCCUCAGUUCGCCCAGAGACAAGUCCCGGCCUCUCAGCCCCGGCAGCAGGAUCGCGUUAUUCCGAUACGCAUCGAGGACAGACCCUCUGUGUUUUCGGUGAAAAACGAACCCGGGCAUCAUCAGCUGAAACAACCGCCGAAUCAGCAGCAGAGAUGGGGACAGCCUCAGGCCCAACAGCAGCAACAGAUUCCGCAGCAGGGAGGAACUCGCAUUAUACCGAUCAUGGUUGACGACGAUAAUCAGUCUCAGGGGCGGACGAUACCUGUCGAGGUUCACGGACCGAAAGUGGUAAUUCAGAGAGGUCCACCGGGGGUGGCAAAUCAGCAAGAACCCGGCCCCGUGCAGUCGAGAUCGUUCCGAGUCCUCCAGAAGAUAACCGACACCGAUUCCGACACCGACGUUGAUGGUAAUUCAGAACAAAUACGGAAACUCCAACUUACCGAAGACGACAAAGUCCUGAUGAACAAAUUCAAGGAGCAAGUGGACGGCGAAACGUAUCUACACCAAGAAGAAGACCCUCGAUAUCGCGGUGCGGCGAUUCCGUCUCGCGCAUUCCGUUUUCUUCAGACAAUGACAGAUUCCGGAGAAGUACCGUCCACUUCGAAUGCUCCACGUCCAUCGAGCGCGAUCAACAAAAAGCAGAACAGAAAUUCAAAAUCUUUCGAAGAAGCUCAGGCUAACCUGCCGCCAAGCGAGCAGCAGGUCCAGGAGCCAAAGAAAUACAUGGGGAGCGCGAUACCGUCGAGAUCCUUCAGAAUGUUACAGGCGAUGACGUCACCUGAGAAUAUUGCUCCGCAAGAAAAUCGCCAACAAGAUUUCACCUCUCGAACAGAGAAUAGCGUAACGGGCAAUCAGCAAUCCGGUUUAUUUUUCCCAAACUGUCCCUCGCCCUACUGGAACCCCGAGGGUGGCUGGUGGGGAUACUACCCCGUCCAGUACGCGACGCCCCCGCCGCCACCCUCGCCGCAAAACGCCACAACCAACAAUCCCAUGCAACCCAUUAACGUAGCAUACAAUCCGUACGCUUAUUGCGGUUACGGGGCGGACGGGAACUCUUACGCCUACUUUCACCCGGCGAUCUACGAUCAAAACUACGCCCAGGCUUACGCGCAGAGUUACGCUAAUCAAGGUCACGCCGAAGGUCAGGCGGACGCAGAAACGAGCCAAGUCCAAGUCCAAGCUCAGGCUCAUUGUCAGCCUCCAGUUGAUCGUCGAGCUUACGCUGUUCACGGCUACAUGCCGAUGCCCCAGGUUUACUCGGCGGGCAGCGCGAACUGCCGUCCGCAGACUUACAACGCAGAUUUGAGCUACUGCGACGGAGUCGAGGAAACGGCCGAGGAUCGGUCGGAAGCGAAGUUGACGAAGGGAGGGAAAGCCGAGAGGAAGGAACUCGAGUACCUGACGGUACCGAAGUGGACCUGCGCCAAGAGCAGAGCUACGAACCACCGCGAGAGUACGUCUUUGAAACCCGUCGGACGUCGAGGGGCCGACAAGGACGCUUCGGGGUGUGCUCGUGAAACGGGCAACGAGGACUCCGAGAGCGAUUCCAGCGAUUCCGAGAACUCGGAGGACUCCGAGGACUCCGGUUCGACGACCUCGUCGACCAGCUCCGACAGCGGGUCCGAGUCCGAGUACCUGGCCUACACCAACGAGCCGAUGACGAAGGAAACGGUCAAGUCACCGUCGCAGGAAAAAGACUGCCUCCAAUCGCUGUCGGCGACGACGAUAUCCGAGGACGGUUUCGAACACUCGUCGUCGAGACUCUCGUCGGACAAGCUCAGCUGCAGCGACUGCGACUCGGACGCCGACGACGAGUACCAGAUAGAGUCGCUCAACAACGACUGCAUACUCCCUCAUCAGCUCAGCGUUAUAUACGAGGAUUUCGAACAGACCGAGACCGAGAGCGAGUCGAGAAAGCUCGAGAGCGUCGAGGAGGCGGCGAACGACGAGCCUCCCGACGACACCGACAGCACAACGAUCAGCGUCAGUCUUCCUCUGAGGUUCAAGUUCUCGGUGUCGGAGAACAACGAGGACGUGACGACCGUCGUCGUCGGCGACGGGGUGACGGUAAAGUCCGGGAGGACGGGGGAUUCACAGGAGUGGAUAUCGAGGUCGCGGAGCGAGCCCGACGAGAGCAACGACGUUCACGUUAAUUUGACGAUAAAGAAGAGCGACACCACCUCGGUCGACUUCACCCUCAAGAAGCAGAAGGAGUCGCAGAACGAAUCCUUCGACACCGAGUUCACUCUCGUCGACGAACAGACGAGGAUCGAUCUUCGGGAAACGAGCGACGAGUCCGUCACCGCCGUCGAGAAGGAUGGGAAGGCGAACGUCGAGGGCGAGGCUGAUUGCAAGAGGGUCGACUGCAACGACAACGUCGAGACCGAGCUCACGAUACGCAGGAAGAAAACCGACGUCACGAGGCACGUGUGGAAGAAGGACCUCGACCUCGAGGCGGUCAAGGACCUCGAGACCGUCGUUCAGAGCGAGGAACCAAGGGAGGACACCGAGAGGGAAUACACGGUCAGGAAUCUGACGAGCAACUCGGCCGGGUGCGGAUUCGACGCCGAGUUCGAGGAGACGACGUCGACGGCGGCGAUCGAGGAGGACAACGUUCACAAGGAGACCAUAGAACAGAAGAGCCUCAGGAUCAAGGAGCGCGAUUCCGUGCGGACCGAGUUCGCCGUGAAGAAGGUGCGCGCCGUGCGGGAUUUGGUCGAGGAGGCGGAUUCGGAGAAGAUUGAACAGCAGGACGGGAACUCCCGCAGCGCGAUGGCGAAACAGCGGCUGCUCACGGUGCAGAAUUCGCGGGAGGAAACGGACGACGAGGACAGCGGCGUGACCUCCGACAUGAGCAGGCUCAUUUCCGAGGGCGACACCGACUCCGAGUGCGCCUCGAUCAGGAGGAUGAACAAGUACCAGAGGACCCAGACCCACUCGAGGCUCUUCAAGCUUCUCAACGACGACGCGAUACUCGCCGAGGAGGACUCCUCGGAGGAGUGUUACUCGCCGGCGAGGCGAGAACACCUCAGUCUUCCCUUGAAGACGAACGUGUUCAACUACGACGAGAACUACUACUCGAACUACUCGAGCGGGAUAACUUCUCCCGACUAUUCGCCGCUGUGCGAACACUCGUGGAGGAGGAUACACGAGGGGAGGUCCUUGGAAUCGGAGAACAGCAGCUCGGUGACGACGCCGAACGAGUGCGUCGACGUGAUCGGCGAGGCUCUCGGCUACGGAAUGUUUCCGGUCGUCGACAAGCCCCCGCCGACCGACGACCCCUACUUCCAGACGUGGAAGAAGGUCGUCUCUCCGGUCGAGUUCGACUACGAUAUUCUGCCCUCGAUCGCGUUCAAGAAGCUGAAGAAACUCGACAACGGGUUCGCCAUCUCGCAGAGCAAGACUCACAGGAUAAACGUUCUCUGUCCGAGGAUCAAGAGCUCGAAAAAUGUCCCGCAGGCGCUGCAGAUCCAGUCGCCCCGGAACCUCGUCACCGCCGCUUCGUCCAUUCCUUUCCUCUCCACGACAUCCUCGUUGAAAAACGGCCACUGCUGAUGGCCCGGCCGCAGGCCGAGUGAAGUUAGGCCAAUUCAUCCGCAACCACUGAGGAGCGUUCCAAGUUUUGUCUAGUUUCGCAGGGCUGGGCUUAAAUCGUGCCCAGAAGGUACAGGCCACGUGUUUUUUUUAUCUAUCGGUCCAGACCAAACUGAUUACUAAACUGGCGCGGAGAUAAUUACUUAUCGUAAAUGUGGCAUUGCUAGUGUGUUUUUAUUUAAUUGUUAAAUUUAAACAAAAGGAAAACCCAAGAAAGUAAGAAAGGCAAGGAAAAAUAACAAUUUUUUUCUUACAUCUCUUUGCUUCUUCUUCUUCUUCUUCUUCUUCUUCUUCUUCUUCUUAUUUUCAUUUUUUAAGGAAAUAAAUAAUAAUAAUCCGCGAUAUUUAUAAUAAAGAAUAAUAAUAUUAAUCAUCAUCACAAUUUAACCUCUGCCUCGAAAUUUCGCAGUGUGUAUAUAUAAUACAUAAUUAUACUAUAUCGUUUCGCGAAAUUCUUAUAUUUUGUAAUUUUUAAUAUUCUCAAUCAACAAGUGCAUACAUCAUAAAUCAUACGGUGGUAAAUGUAUUUAAAAACGGUCAGAGAUGAAGGAGAAGAAUUUUCGAAAGUAACCAGAAAAAAAAGAGAAAUCAUCAGAAAAACACCGCGCGCAAAGGUCGUGAGAAAACAGUUGCACGAAUGAUCGUAUAAUUUCUAUAAUGUGAAACAUCGAAUCGACAGCCUAUUGAUACAUUAUAUACACAUAUAAUUUGACGAUUAUGCUUCGCUUAGUGAAUAUGCGUUGUCGAUCGUUUGGUGUGUUUUAUAAUGAGCGGUUUAUUCUUCUUCUCGACAUGUGCGCAAGAAAUUAUAAUCGAUGACAAUUACAUGUCAGGUACAACGAUCCUGGUAAAUGUACUUUACUGCCACCGGGUUACGCGAUCGAAUCAUAAAACAACAAUAAUAUGCAAUUCACCAUACAGGAAUCGUGAAUACAAUGGAAUUAUAGAAACCGAAACAUCGCACUUUUAUUACAAUUUAAUAUAUCGCGUAACAAUAACAGUAAUAGUGUUCUUACUUCGUCUUUUGACUUUACGAGAAUGU